AUGCCUCCCAAAGCAUCUAGGGCUCCUUCCGUCCCUCCUACUCCACGCGCCGUGAGGGUGUCUCCCAAGAAACGCGAGGCGCCAUCCGAGUUGCCUGCAGUUGCUAUUAGCUCCAACCUAGCACCCUCCUCUGUGCUCUCUCGGCGUCUGUCUUUUGGCACUGUUGAUGUCGACGCUGAGGUCGUCGUUUCCCCAAAGAAGGCUCAUAGGCCGGUGGCGACGAGAGGCGAGGCAGAGGCGUCCCCGGAGGUCGAGGCCUCCACACCUUCCAAGCGGGCUGGGUUCAAACGGAGGUGUGCUGCACGAGUCCCCCACCCCAACUCCCUCCCCCUCCCCCUCCCCCCCAUGCGCCCUGCUUCUACCUCACCGUUUUUCCUGCUGACUCUUCCCAGGUCCACGAUCAAGGCCUCGAAGCAGUCGCUUUCAAGUGCCAACGCCGCUAGAGAUCGGAGGCGGGCAAAUCCUGCCAAGCGCAUUCGUCCCAUUGCGCGUAGAGACUCCGUUGACAAGGUCUCCAAGACCUCUCCUAUUGACAUCCCCUCUAAAGGCGUUCCUGCCUUGUCUCCUCCCCUUUCGGACGGUGGAGAGGACGAGCUCUGGCCGGAUACACCCAGACCGAGCGGCGUCCUGGCAAUGCUUGAUCUGGAGGCGGAAGAGGCCGUGGACGGAGACAAUGAAGACGACGGUGGGUUGCAGGACGAUGCCGUUGGUGACUGGCUGGACGACUCCCCCCCUCCGAGGCGCGUGGCUCAGAAAGCCCCCAAGUCUUCUACCGCAGGAGCGCCGGCCAAGGGAGGCAAGGGAAACGCCUCCGUUGACUGUGUCCGACCGCCUGUGGUUGCUGCCGUUGAUGGCCCUUCUGCAGACGUCUUUGCUGCUGCCCAUGGCACUGGCACUCAGGAUAACCCCAUAUUCUAUAUGGACUCAGACAUCGAUGACGUGGAUGAACACCCAGUCGCCUCGCAAGCUGAGGAGACGCUGCAAGAGGUGGAUGUGAUCAACUUCCCCAGUAUCCCACCCAUCCUCGCAGGCAUCCUUGACUACCUCAAAUCGAGCGGCAGGAUUCAGAACAUCCAGUUCAGCGAGCUCAGGCCAAAGUAUACGGCCCGGGAUGAGGCGCCAGCAAAAAUGCCUCAAAUAGAGACUGUCCUGAGCAAGAUGAAGAACGAGUACGCCAUGGUCCCCAUCUUUGACUCGCUCCUUUUCCGCGGACUGGGAGUCUACGUGAAUCCUUUGACCGCUGAUCCAAAAUUGUUCCACGUCGUUGGCCAGAAGGUGGUCUUCAGCUCUGGCGUCAACAAAGGCAACCCUGCGGUCUUCGUCAUGCCCAUCGUUGUGAAGGAAUGCAACCUGCUUGCCCCUGUGGUCAUCAACGAGAAGUGGGGAGACGGCGUGCACCUGAAGCUCACCGGCUGGGUAUUCAACGAAGUCUUUGAGUUGUUUUCUUCUUUUAUAGGCUCGGUCCUCAACCUCGACUCCGUCUAUGCAUACAUGACCUCCCUUUCCCUUCAGUUCACUUCUCUGAAGGGCAAAUCAAACAGUUCCACAGAUGCACGCACCCCACGCACUCCUGGGAAGACUGCUCAAGACGCACUCUCGUUUGCUGAACCGCAUCGAACCCCGCGGAGGACGACUGCCCGCACACCCGUCGAUGUGAGGUAUCCUCAUGUUUACGGCCCUUACGAUAAGAUUCCGGUGUACAACGGCCGGAGCAGAUACGGCGAUUUCCGUUUGGAGGAGAAACAGUGGGCAAGCCUGUCCAGCAUGCCGCUGUACGGUGCUCCAGUUUCGGUUCCUGGUCGAGCCCACGAUAACAGCCGUCCUGCUGAGAUUACGCCUGCCACUGCAGAGCAGUACAAGGUGGCCCUGGUCGCCUUUACCAUGGGAACCUUCAAACCCUCUGACAACCUCAACGCCACUCAGGUGUCCUUCAACCUGAUCUUCUCCAUCCUGCUGGGAACUUGCUUGGAGCACCGCUCUCCUCGCAACAUCGUUACGCUGGAGAAGAUUAACUCCCUCCGUGCGAGCGCUGCCGCUGCCGCGCAGGCACAGGCAUUUUCUUGA